CGCUCUUUUGUGAACUCUGUAUAUAUAUGAUAGACAAUUCGGCGGCAUUGCCUUUGCAUAUUAUUCUGUGACGCGACAUUUGUUUUCAUUUCUUAUUUUUUACCAUCUUGUUUGAUAAUUUCCUUUCUGUAUUGAUAAUUUCUUCAAAUUUUCGGAUACCCAUUUGGGUUUUGCCCUGAUAAUGCGAAGUGCGGAGUGGUGCUAUUUGAUUUUCUAUAUUCGUACGUGCUUGGCUGGUUGACUUUGCAAUCCUAGCCAAUAAUUCGUCUCUUUUUUCUUCUUGUUUCAUUCCGUUGGAUUUUUCUCGCAUUGAAUCUUUUUUGGCACCUACUGAGGCAUUGCUUGAAGCCUUUUGUUUUCCAGUGAAAAAAAAUUGCAUAUUUGUAUAGGACCAAAAAAGUGCUUAAGUUGCUGUUCUGUCAAGUUCUAUACUGGUGAGAUAGAACAUAUUCAUGGGAACUCAAGCUAUGUGCAAUAUCAGAUUUGGUAAUUGAUUGGCGGUUCCAGGGUUCUGAUUUUACGAUAUCUUCUAAGACCAUGGGGCGUGCUUCUGGACUACUUCUUGUUAUUUUGGCUCUUGGGUUUUUCUUUGCAACAUAUAAUUUGAUAACUAUGAUAAACCACAACAGAUCAGUAGGGAAAUUGAUAACUGAGGAUUCUAAUGGUAAGCUAUUUAUGGAUCCUGUUAUUGAGAUGCCUGAAGAAGUGAAGAAACUGAAGACUGCUAAAUCGCCCUUCCAUGUUGCCUUGACGGCCACUGACGCACCUUAUAGCAAGUGGCAGUGUCGCAUAAUGUAUUAUUGGUAUAAGAAGAAGAAGGACCUGCCCGGAUCUGAUAUGGGAGGAUUUACGCGGAUCUUGCAUUCAGGGAACCCUGACAACUUGAUGGAUGAGAUUCCUACAGUUGUGGUUGACCCUCUUCCGGCGGGUAUGGACAGGGGAUAUGUUGUCCUAAAUAGACCAUGGGCAUUUGUGCAGUGGCUGCAAAAGGCCACAAUUGAGGAAGAAUACAUACUUAUGGCAGAACCUGAUCACAUAUUUGUUGCUCCUCUUCCUAAUUUGGUACAUGGAGGAUACCCAGCUGCUUUCUCUUUUUUCUACAUUAAGCCCGAGGAGAAUGAAAAAACCAUAAGGAAGUUUUAUCCUGAGGAGAAAGGUCCUGUGACGGAUAUUGAUCCAAUUGGCAAUUCUCCUGUCAUCAUAAAGAAGGAUUUACUGGAGAAGAUUGCACCUACAUGGAUGAAUGUGUCUUUGAAAAUGAAACAGGACCCAGAAACCGAUAAAACUUUUGGAUGGGUGCUAGAAAUGUAUGGUUAUGCAGUAGCAUCAGCAUUGCAUGGUGUGCAGCAUAUCCUUCGGAAAGACUUUAUGGUUCAGCCUCCAUGGGAUCGGGAUCUUGGAAAAACUUUUAUUAUUCAUUACACUUAUGGAUGUGACUACAACUUGAAGGGUGAGCUUACUUAUGGCAAAGUUGGGGAAUGGCGAUUUGACAAAAGAUCAUUUUUACGUGGACCUCCUCCGAGAAACCUCUCCUUACCCCCUCCAGGGGUUCCUGAAACUGUGGUUACCCUUGUGAAGAUGGUGAAUGAAGCAACUGCUAACAUUCCCAACUGGGACAAUCAGUAGUUUCAAACUGGCUGUGGGUCAAAGGAAAAUACAGAGAUUCUUCUUGGAAAGACUGAUGACUACUGAUAUAUACACAAAAGGUGAUGUUGGUUGUUUUUGCAAGUAAGGAAAUAUAGAAUAAUUAAAACAAAUGGUGACAGAGGUCCCUUGUUUUUCUUCCUUUUCAAUCUGGAAAUAGAAAUAAUGAACCAUACGUGAUAAAUGUUCUUUCUUUAACUCAUAGGGUAUAAACAGUAAAGUGAAAAGACAAAUUUAACCUUUUUUCUUAUUAUUUUCUGCA